UUUCAUUUCUAAAUAUAUUAUUCGCCUUCGGUUUCUUCUCCAACGCUUCUUCUACGGAUUUUGCUGUUACGAUUUCCAUACUCUCUCUCUCUUGUUAUCAACGAUUCCUGUCGUAUUGCAUUCUCUCUUUCAAUACGCACCGGAUUUUAUUCUAUAGAUAUUUCUUCGUUUCUACUUAUGGCAUGUUGCUGUUCUAUAUGAGGUCAGCUCAUCAAGGUAGAAUUUUGAAUUUUGUGGAGCUUUAUUGAUAUGCUGAAGAGCCUUUUAUACUGAUGGAUGGAAUUUGACAGAAUAUGCUGAUGGUUGCACAUAUUCUCGGGCUUCCUCAGCUGAAGUCUUUGAAGUGAGUGCGUGCUUGGUCAAAGUGGCUACUGUUGGAUGAUAACCACUGCUUGCAGCUACUAAAGGCUGCACAUAAGCAUGCUGACAAUAUUUUGGUUAAUAUUCAAUGAUUCUUACGACAAAAAGCCAGUACUUCACUACAUACUGUAUUACUUGGUGAACAUAAGCAAAAAUGAGUGCACAGACUUAAUUGAAGAGCACGGUCUGGACAGUGUUGAAACCUCUUUUAAGAGGGUGGACGUCCAUUGAACUAAAUUUUCUCCUCCAAUUUUGUAAAUCAAAAUGGAAAGAUAUAAAAUUUUGGCAGAGCUUGGUGAUGGAACUUCUGGAAUUGUAUAUAAAGCAAUAUAUAUGGAAACAUCUGAGAUUGUCGCAGUCAAGAAAAUGAAGAGAAAGUUCAAUUACUGGGAAGAAUGUGUAAAUCUACGGGAAGUUAAGUCUCUGCGGAAAUUAAACCAUCCUAAUAUUAUCAAGUUGUUGGAGAUUGUCCAAGAAAACAAUGAGCUUUUCUUCAUAUUUGAGUAUAUGGAACACAACUUAUACGAAAUAAUGAAAGAUCAGCGUGAACCUGUCCAGGAGGAUGAGAUCCGAGGCUUGAUGUCUCAAUUGCUAAAAGGGCUUGCUCAUGUGCAUGGACAUGGAUAUCUUCAUCGGGAUUUGAAACCUGAGAACUUGUUGGUGACAAAUAACAUAAUAAAGAUUGCUGACUUUGGAUUGGCUAGAGAACUGUCGUCAACGCCUCCUUUUACUGAUUACGUUUCCACUCGCUGGUAUCGAGCUCCGGAGGUAUUGCUGCAAUCUUCAACCUAUACUCCUGCAAUUGAUAUGUGGGCUGUUGGUGCAAUACUUGCCGAGCUUUUCACUUUGCACCCUAUUUUUCCAGGGGAAAGUGAAAUUGACCAACUGUACAAGAUUUGCUGUGUGCUUGGGGCGCCAGAUUGGAGAACCUUUCCUCAGGCUACAAACAUUUCUCGAUUAGUGGAUAUCACUUAUUCAGAAGUUAUGCCUACCGAUCUCUCUGAUAUUAUUCCAAAUGCAAGCUUGGAAGCCAUAGACUUGAUCAAGCAACUUUGUUCAUGGGAUCCGUUAAGUAGGCCAACCGCAGUUCAAUGCUUGGAGCACCCUUUUUUCCAUGUUUCCAUGCGAAUCCCCCGUGCACCUGUAGAUGCCCUUAAACUGAAUCUGGGACCCGAACCAAACCUUGAACUGAACCUCUGGAACUUCGGCGCUGCAGCAGAUGAUUGUUUUCUUGGCUUGACAUUGGCAGUGAACCCCAGUGCUUCAAACUUAGAGAAAGUCAAGAAAAGUCAAGGUAUUGAAGAGGAUAUAAUGAUCUGCUCUGGUUUCCAAGAUCAUUCACAGCAAUCAGUUUUUUGGUCGCUGUUUCCCUCUGAUCACGAUCUGAUUCCUGCAUCAGUCGCGUCCUCCCUAUCCUUAUCCUUCAGCUCAGUUUCACACCCACCAAUCGGGGGUCCACAGUCCGAAGGUUUCGCCAUGAAACCUUUUCAGUCGAGCACCUUGGAUCGUCCCUUAAUGGCCAUGUGCUCCCACUUCCAGCGCAGCCGUUACCAUUGAAAUUUUACAGAAUCCUUUGCUCCAAUAUGCAUGAUCAUCAUAUGUGGAUGUUGGCCGUAUACGAAUGUCGUCUCACCGUGACCUCAAUCUGUAAAUAACUAUGCUUUCUCUUCUUAUAGAAUAUGAUUUUAAGGUCGAAUUUCAUUAAUGUAAUGUAUCAUCUUUAUUUUGAAGUUCAUAGAGGAAUCAUGUACUUUCUCAUCA